AUGUUGAGAAUUGCUAACAGAUUAUCUUUGAGUAGAACUCUUGGCUCAAAUGUGCCUAAAAGAACUGGUGUUAACACUCUCAGGACGCUCGUCCUUGGAGGAACGAUAAGCAAAGAAAAAUACGGUAUAUAUUCUACUAGCCUUUAUAAUACGAGAUCCUACUCUACUAGGUCAACAGUUGUUCAGUUGCUUAACAAUAUAGGCUCAAAAAGAGAGGUUGAGCAAUAUUUGAAAUAUUUUACUUCGGUUUCACAACAGCAGUUUGCUGUGAUUAAAGUUGGGGGAGCCAUUAUUACUCAUCAAUUACCGGAACUAGCAUCCUGCUUAGCGUUCUUGUAUCACGUCGGCUUAUAUCCAAUUGUCUUGCAUGGUACCGGUCCUCAAAUCAAUGAAUUGUUGGAGAAUGAGGGUGUUGAACCUGAGUAUAUCGAUGGUAUCAGAAUCACUAACGCAAAGACGAUGGAAGUUGUCAGAAAGUGCUUUUUGGAACAGAAUUUACGUCUCGUUACCGCUUUAGAAAAGAUGGGCGUUCAUGCUAGACCCAUUACAGCAGGCGUAUUCGGUGCUGAAUAUUUGGAUAAGGAAAAAUAUCAAUUGGUAGGGAAAGUUAAUUCUGUGAAUAAAUCACCAGUUGAAGCUGCAAUUGAAGCCGGAUACUUGCCAAUAUUGACUUCAUUGGCCGAGACCCCUUCUGGGCAACUAUUGAAUGUCAAUGCUGAUGUUGCUGCUGGUGAAUUAGCAAGAGAAUUCGAACCAUUAAAGAUAGUUUACUUGAAUGAAAAGGGAGGUAUUAUAAAUGGUAACACUGGUGAGAAAGUCAGUGUUAUAAAUUUAAACGAGGAAUAUGAACUGUUAAUGAAGGAAAGCUGGGUGAAGUAUGGUACAAAGUUGAAGAUCAAAGAGAUCCAUGACUUAUUACAACAUUUACCUAGGUCCUCCUCAGUAGCUAUUAUUGACGUAAAUGACUUACAAAAAGAAUUGUUCACCGAUUCAGGAGCCGGUACCUUGAUUAGAAGAGGUUAUAAGCUCAUUAACCGUAAUUCAUUAAAAGAGUUUGGUAACCCAGACUUGUUACGAAGUGCUCUUCUCAGAGAUCCUGAAAUUAAAUCUGGUAAAUUGUCGGUGGCCUCCUAUUUGAAAUUUUUGGAGUCAACAAAGUUCAAGAGCUAUGGUGAUGAGCCGUUGGAAGUCUUGGCAAUAGUUGUCAAUGAGGAUGGAAAAGUCCCAUUACUUGACAAAUUCUUAUCUUCAAAAACUGGAUGGUUAAAUAAUGUCACCGACAAUAUCUUCAACUCAAUCAAAAACGAUUUCAAAUCGUUAUGUUGGAUUGUGAAUGAGAAUGAUUCUAACUUGUCAUGGUAUUUUUCGAAAUCAGAUGGUUCAUUUGCUAAAAACGGUGAAAUUUUAUUCUGGUAUGGUUUAAAAAUUGACGAAGUGUCUAAACUAAUCAAGGAUUUUGAUUCCUCUAAUGUUGGAUCUUCGUUAUCUUCAGAAGCUGAAUCCGGAGUUUUCAGCUCUCCUCAUCAAAAGAGAGGAUUGCAUUACUCCAGUAAAGCUGCAAGCUUUAAUUUCAACCAGAGGAGGUAUCUCUCAAACCCUAAUCCUCCACUUCGUGAGGUUCACAAUCAAGAGAAGGCCAAGGUAGCAUUGAUCGGGGCAAGAGGUUAUACUGGCCAAAACUUGAUCAAUUUGAUUGACAGACACCCUUAUUUAGAAAUCUCUCACGUUUCAUCUCGUGAGUUGAACGGUCAAAAACUAAAAGGUUAUAAUAAAGAUAACCUUGUUUACUCGAAUUUACAGGUUGAGGAUAUUAAGAAACUCGAAGAAAAUAAUGAAGUAGACAUUUGGGUGAUGGCACUCCCCAAUGGCGUUUGCAAACCUUUCGUCGAAGCAAUUGAAUCUGUUAACAAUUCCAAAUCAAAAAUUGUUGACUUGUCUGCUGACUACAGAUUUGAUACCACUGGUGAAUGGAUAUACGGGUUACCAGAAUUGAAUGACCGCUCUAGAAUUGCAGAAGCCAAAAAGAUUUCAAAUCCUGGUUGUUAUGCUACUGCAGCUCAAUGUGCAAUUGCUCCAUUGGAAGAUUACAUAGCUGGUACUCCACACAUUUUUGGAGUUUCGGGUUAUUCUGGUGCUGGAACCAAACCUUCACCCAAAAAUGAUGUCAAGUUUUUAUCCAAUAACUUGAUUCCUUACUCUCUUACUGACCACAUUCAUGAACGUGAAAUCAGUAACCAGCUUGGUCUUGACGUGGCAUUCACUCCUCACGUGGCGCAGUGGUUUCAAGGUAUUACUCACACUAUUUCAAUUCCCAUCAAGCAAGGCUCUCUUACCUCUAGAGAAGUAAGAAAUAUUUAUCAAGACAGAUAUCAAGGAGAACAAUUAAUAACGAUAAGCGGAGAAGCCCCAUUGGUCAAGGAUAUCAGCGGAAAACAUGGAAUUGUUAUUGGAGGGUUUGCCGUGAAUUCUAAAGAAGAUAGAGUAGUCGUUGUUGCAACCAUUGAUAACUUGUUGAAAGGAGCUGCUACCCAAUGUUUACAAAAUAUCAACUUAGCUUUAGGUUAUGGCGAAUAUGAAGGAAUUCCUGAUGACUUGGUUAUUAGAGGUUGA